GCCAGUCAUCCUUUCCCAGUUGUCUCUACAUUCCUUCAAUGCAACCUGCUUUACAGCGCAAGACGCCGGAGGUUGGUGAGAGAGUGGUGGACUGAGAUUGUUAUUCCUCGGGCAAGGUGGUUGUAUUUCGCACCAUUAGACACCCCAGUUAACAGUCCCGUUCCCUUGACACACACCUCCCUCCCCUGCCCCCCUGAGGAUUGGCCACUCAAUAAAGAGCUUGGCUUUUUUUCUGGUAGAACAAGGCUCCAGAACAUAAGGGGAGGGUCAUUAAUAACUAAUUAGAGGGGGUCACACCAGCAGCAUAUAAAGACUACCAGGACUUUGAAAAGGCGAAACAUUUUAAAACUUCAGGCAGCAAAGGAGGACGUGUAUUUGGCAAAUAGCCUAGUCUGAAAUUGUUGUGCAUAUAAGUAUUCGUUUAUUUUUAUUUGUGUGUGUGUUCCAUUUAUUCUCCAUACAUUAAAAAAGGCAGAUGGACAUCUGAAAUUGCGCAGCGACUAGCCUACUUAUAUUUCGCAUUUUUUAGAUUAACCUCACAGAUUUGUGGCACCAUGGGUUCCGUGUUGCCCGCUGAAGCAUUGGUGCUGAAAUCUGGAUUUAAGCAACAGAGUUUGUCUCUGUCUGAAAUUAUCACCUCGGACAUUCUCCAUAGUUUUCUCUAUGGUAGAUGGAGGAACGUGCUUGGGGAACACCUUUUGGAGGAGAAGAUAAACGUCAGUCCCAAAACAGCUUUCACCGCAGAGGUCCUUGCGCAAUCAUUCUCAGGGGAGGUUCACAAGCUCUCCAGUCUGGUGUUGCCAAGUGAAGUGAUAAUAGCCCAGAGCUCCAUCCCUGGCGAGGGCCUAGGAAUCUUCUCCAAGACCUGGAUCAAAGCUGGGACAGAGAUGGGGCCUUUUACUGGCCGAGUCAUCUCUCCUGAGCAUGUGGAUCUCUUCAAGAACAACAACCUCAUGUGGGAGGUGUUCAAUGAGGAUGGUACUGUGCGCUACUUCAUUGAUGCUAGUCAGGAGGAUCACCGCAGCUGGAUGACCUAUAUCAAAUGUGCCCGCAACGAGCAGGAGCAGAACCUGGAAGUUGUGCAGAUUGGCAGCAGUAUCUUCUACAAAGCUAUGGAGACCAUUCCCCCCGACCAGGAGCUGCUAGUGUGGUAUGGAAACUCACAUAACACAUUCUUGGGGAUACCCGGAGUUCCAGGAAUAGAGGAUGACCAGCAGAAAAAGAGCAAAACCGAUGAGUUUCAUAUUUGCGACGGCUCCACCUCCUCGUCCUCUGCCCUGCCUACCACCGCUAGCCGGAUGCGCUGUGUCAUCUGCCACCGGGGCUUCAACUCUCGCAGCAACCUGCGUUCCCACAUGCGCAUCCACACCCUGGACAAGCCCUUUGUAUGUCGCUUUUGCAAUCGGCGCUUCAGCCAGUCGUCCACCCUGCGCAACCACGUGCGCCUGCACACUGGCGAGCGGCCAUACAAGUGCCAUGUGUGCCAGAGUGCCUACUCUCAGUUGGCAGGACUGCGGGCACACCAGAAGAGCGCCAGACACCGGCCCGGUGGUGCUGGGGGAGUGGUGGUGGGCCUCCACCAGGCACACUCCCCCCCCCCCCAGAUGACCACGGUGCCCCACCCAGCCUCUCUGGUGCACCACAUCCCCACCAUGGUCCUGUGAAGGAAAGCCUUGUACAUUCAUUCCAAUAGGCACAUCCCCUCGACAGUGAUGAUCGUACUGCAAAAUGUGAUGCUUUUCUACAAGUCUGCACUUCCUUGCACAUAUUUGAUGUAAAUUAACUAGCUGUAGUGGUGUCACUGUUAGAGCUACCGGCAAAUGGACUUUCUGAUCACAUAUAAUAGUUUGGCCCUCACAAUUUCUCUUUUACAAUGCACUAUGUAGGACGAAGGUGAUCUAGGUACUGGAAUUCUGUUAACUUACUGUCAAAAAUGUAAGUAGACCUGAUGUUGUCACUGUGACCGUUCUUGUGAGAUUAAGUUUAAUCUCUGUGUAUUAAUCAACUGUGAAUGACCACAGUUGAUUAAUAUAUAUAUAUAUAUAUAUUUGGGUCCAUAAUAUACAGUACUGUAUGUAGUGUAUUGAUUGGUCAUGCCAGGUACCGUCAUACUGAUAACAUAUAGAAAUCCAUUUAUUUUAUAGAUAUUUAACAAAUCUCUUGGUCAAGUUCUGAAUGGUUUAACAUUUUGAAGUUAUUGGAAGUUAUUUUUCUCUCUUACCAGUGCAUGGGACAAUAUUUGUCUACUCCGUGACGACAAGUCUUGGGAUGUUCUUGUACAUCUUCAGAGGUACUGUAUCUGGGAGGCAAAUGUAGUUCACUUUUGUUUGCAUGCAGUUUUUUAUUUAUUUUUUUGAAAAAAAUGCUAUUUGUUUAUUUCCACCUGAAUGAGGUAGCCCAGGCUGACAGUCAAAUUGAUUUGUACAAACAAGAUCUGGGUUUGGGAGUACAUUUACACGUUCAUAACAUUGAUUAACUCAUAUUUUUGACUAUUGUAACAAGAAUUGUGUAAUUUGCCACUGUAAUGGAUGAAGGAUCAUUUGAACUGGUCACUUACCAGGAUUUUCCAGACUCUCCCAAUAACCAUUAGCUUUGUUGUGUCCCAGUCAGGGAAUAGAAUGAUUCAUGACAUGUAAAAACACUAUAUAAGAUGUAAAUAUAAUCCUAAAAUGUACUCUAUUUCCAGAAUUAUUGAAUAGUCACUUUAUCUCUACAUGUACAGUAUGUAUAACUUAAAUUACAAAGCGGGGUGCAGUGUAUUACCUAUACUAUGUUUGCAUAUAUAAAUUACUUUGUAUUUUCACCUAGUACUCCAAAUAAAUCAUUGUCAUAAAU